AUGGAUAAAGAGGAUGAAAGAAGAUCAGAUCAAGAUGGGAAAGAGGAUCCAAACCAAGAGGAAGCCCCUGAAAACCCACAAAACACUCAGCAGGAUCCUGCCCAUCACACAGUCGAUUUGCACGGUCCAAGCACAGGAAAUUCUCCUCCCUCCACGAAUUCAGACCAAGAAGUCCCGGAAGAAGGCGCUGAAACUGAAAAUUCCCACGGGAUUGAAGUCAUGCUGGCUGCAGCCAACGUAUUAGACACCUUCCUGGGCCACAGGGAGGUCAGCAAGGCCCUAAACAAUAUGGAUACUGCCAAAAGAAGGGAAGUUUUCAGCAAAAUCUCAUGGUAUCUCGGGACUUUCCUGGUGCUCUUCAUACUGGGGAUAGAAGCUGUCCUUUUUUGCACUAUUUUUUGGUCCAAAGGCCUUCGACUUCUCUCCUUUUUUACGCUAAUAGUGAGAAUAGUCUUAAAAAGAACAAUCUUUGACCCCAUUGUAAAAGUGUCUUUUGGGUUUUUUGUUUUCUCGUUCUUUAGACUGUACUCUGUUUUUAUUUUGAAAACUGCAUGGAUUUGUUACUUUGUAGUUCUCUUUUUUAUGUGGGGUCUUGACUCUCGAGUGACUAUAGGCGUGCUAGAUGUCGUUAUUGCGCUUGUUUUCGGGGUCGCUGGGAUUCUCAUAAACUUUAAUGUGAAGUAUGCAGACCCAGCGAGUUUAUAUUGGAGAUUUAUGAUCGAGUGGCUUAGUAUCUACUUAUUCACUCUUUUGAACAUAGGAAUGGUCGCCUAUAUGCUGGAUAGAACGAGAGAAAGCCUUGCAAAAAGGGCUCUGGAGGGGCAGAAUGGUUCUGAAGAGGGCAUAGAUGUGGAGGCACAGAACAAGGCACUGGCUCCCAGGAAGCUUCGGACCUACUUUAGGCUGAUAGGCUUCCUUUCGAUGGUCUCCCUUGCUGCCUCUCUGCCUACGUUCCUGAUCAUAUGGAAUUGCACCAUGCUUUAUAUUUAA